AUGGACCCUCCAGCGGCUAAGAAGAGGCGCCUCGCUCCCAAAGAACCGCCGCAGUCAUUGCCUGCCUAUUCUCCCCAUGAAGCUGCCCCACCGCCGCCGCCGCCGCCGCAGCAGCAUUACCCAGUUCAGGAGGCCGCUCAGGCCGCCCCACCACCGCCCGAGAGACACGAGUUCGAGUCCUUUGCGAGACACCUGCAAGAUGCCGCCAUGCUGAUACACCGGCAAUCGCAAAAGUCGCCUUAUAACAAUGUCUCGGUCUUGAUUCUCAAAUGGGAAGACGAGGUAAUUGAUGGGGAGGGGAAUGAGGAUGAGGAUGAGGAGGACAAGGACGAUAUAGAACAGAGAGCGGCAGCUCUGGAGGAGCUUGAUACCUUUGAGCAGCUCCUCCGGGAGAGGUAUAACUUUCGUACUGAAAGGUAUAAUAUACCAGCAGUCGCAAGUGCCAGCAUCAAACUGGGCAUCCGCGUGCAGAAUUUCCUCGAGAGGCAGGCCCCGGAUCAUCUGCUGAUCAUUUACUAUGCUGGUCAUGCCUAUGUCGGCAUGGACAACCAGCUCUUUUGGGCAAGCAAUCCAACGGACAACGCAAUCAAGUUGAGGUGGCAAGGUCUUCGUUGCUUGUUUGACGAAUCGCCGUCGGAUACUUUGUUCCUCCUGGACUCAUGCACCACCAGAGACGUGGCAGCACCGAGCGAUGGUGCGAGCUUGAGACAGGUCAUCGCAGCACAUGGUCCUGAAAAAUCCGCUCAGGAAUUUCCGGGACGCUCCUUUACCGUACUUCUUACGGAAGCAUUUCACAGGUUGAGCACGGGGAGACCCUUUACCGCGGACCACUUGUGGCACGAAGUCGCAUGGAAUCGUCAGCAGGAACUAUUGCAAAACUCCAGUCUCACUAAUGGAGCUUCAAAAGGCAUUUCACUAGCUGAGAAACUGCCCAUAUCACAAUGUUUAGGUCGUGGCAAGAACCAGUCCAUCACCCUGGGCCCGCUGCCAGCCCGACCAGAAUCUCACACGCAAGCUGAUGGCGAGACGCAUUCCUCUGGAGUUUCGCAGCUUGACCAGACCAUACAACCUCAAUCAGUAGCCGAAUUGACGUUUGACGAGGCACGAGUCCUGGUUUGUACUACGUUUGUUGGGGAAGCCAGUCCGGACAUGUCAUCCUUCGACCAAUGGCUGCAUACUUCUCCGGGGGCGGCUUCCAAGAUCGUCGUUGAGGGUAUGUUUCUUGGACCACCCACAAUGCUCCUAAUAUCAAUGCCUGGGUCUGUCUGGAGUGUUGUGCAACACGACAAAGUGUGUUGUUUCCUGGGCUACAUCACCUCUAGAAACUUGACGCACAUUUACAAGCGACUUGUAGGAUCAGUUUCUUCUGCCAAAGUCACCCCGGAGGACGGCCGUAUACUGCUGGAAGCGCGUGAAGCAGCUUCCGCCUCAGCCACGGCAGCAGCCGUCGCCCACAGAUAUGAGCAUAGCCACGCAGAUGUCAACCAUGUGUCAAGACAUCCAGAAACACCAGCACGGCCGGAGGGGACUCCUCGUACCGACCCGAGUAGUUUAAGUCAGCCACUUGGCAAUGCCGCAUUCGCCACCUCGACGCCUGUUAUUGUGGUCAAACAGCAGGACGAUGGUGAAGAUUCGGCAGAGAUGCAAGAAGCAGCUGAGCAACUGAAAGCUCUAAGCCAUGUCCGGCAUCUUAGUGAUGAAGGAUCUGCAGCGCCGGCGAAUUCAUCACUCAUGGAGCUUACCCCAGACAUCAAGCACGAUGAGAGCUCCUCACAUAGCAUGAACGAAAGUGGCUUUGAUGAGGUCCAACACACCACACCUACUGCGAAACCGAAACCGCGUCGGUCUCUUGCAAAAGUUACACCAAAGCAGGAGACGCGUUGUGAUCUCUGCAGUCACGCACCAUUCAAAGAUUCGUCAUCAUUGAGGAAACACAUUGCAGCGGCACAUACCCGGCCGUUCCCUUGUGCAUUUGCAUUUGCGGGAUGCCCGAGUACAUUUGGUUCUAAGAAUGAAUGGAAAAGGCAUAUCGCUUCACAGCAUCUUUGUCUGACUUAUUAUCGAUGCUCUAGUUGUCCACAGAGCAGCAUCGAGGGCAAAGGCAAUGAGUUCAACAGAAAAGAUCUCUUUACUCAACAUUUGAGGAGGAUGCAUGCACCUUUUGCCAUCAAGAAAGCUCUUGCCAAAGGGGACAGCAAAUUACAAGUGGAAUGGGAAACACACGUCAAAGAGAUGCAGACAUCAUGUCUGAUAACGCGCAGGAAGCCCCCGCAGCGCUCAGCUUGCCCCAAGCCCGACUGUGCCAGUGUGUUUGAAGGUCCCACCUCGUGGGAUGAAUGGACCGAGCACGUGGGAAGACACAUGGAGAAAGGCGAAGCCGCAAGACUCGGCGUUGACCGUCUCCUAGCCAAGUGGGCGUUGGACGAGGGCGUCAUAGAACGAAAGGAGGAUGGCGAAUAUCGACUCUGCAGCGGGCCCGGAUCGGGAGAGAAAGAGUCUAACCAUAAGAACAAUGGUGCUGGUAAUCAUUCAGACGCGCCUUCACGAAAUUCGGAAGAGGACGUCAUAGUUGCGGCCAGUACGUUGGUGGAGGACAAGAUGGAGGUAGACGGAUGA